ACCCCGGCGCGGAUGCUGCCGCGGGCUGGCGCCUCCGCACCUCGGGGCUUAUGAGCUGUACCAGGUACGUCCCUCCCAAGCCCGCAAGGCCGGCUGCCCGGCCGCGGAGACGGCGGCGAGGGCGCGUAGCGGGGGCCCUCUUUGGUCGUGCCACCUACACUUUCUCCGUCCAACUUGCAAUUACACUCUGGGAGUGGGACACUUUAGAAGGGCUCAAGGAGGCUGUUGCUUCCACGUGGGGAGGGCAAUCCAGGGACCAGAGGUGGGAUGGAGCCUGGCCGGACCCACGUGAUGCACCGAGGUGGGGGUCCCGGCCGCGACGGGCGGCCCGGGGGCUGGGGGCUGGGACUUCAGAUACUCUUAAUCCCUAUUGUGACGAGUUCGAACCUGACACAAGGCUUUUCCACCUGGGACCCGACACUUCUAGAGAGUGUCCCCGGAGUUGAGCGAUGGGGUCUCAGCACAAGGGAAAGUCGCUUCGUCUCUCCCCCGGCCUCGAUUUCCCGGUACAACGUAGGGAAACACACUUGGUGAUCUCUCAGGCCGCCGAGGGCGACGGGACACAGGACGUUGCGGCGGCCGGGGCCUCCCGGAGCAGAGCCACCUCCGGUUCCCGGUCCCCAGACGGGCUGUCCCGGGCCAGCGGGGGCGAGGUGGCCGCGCGGGGACGCUCUCGUGGCGCCGCUCCGCCUCGGGUGGCCCUGCUGCCCCGCCCUGGUGUGAUAACUAGGGCUCCUCCUCCUCGUCGUCUUCCUCCCCCUGCCGGUCACAACUCCGGGAACCCAGCCCAAGGCCUGCCUCCCGGACACACCGAGGCUCACGUAGUCUGGUGGCGGCAGCCUCCCCUGCCACCUCCCUCCGGGCGUUCCGAUGCAGCGAGCCAGCUGGAAAGGGGGCUUCCCCGCGGCCCAACAGGCUAGAGACUUUAAUCCUGGUUUCAUCGCCGACUUCUUCAAUUAGCCCAUUGGAACUGUCAAAUCAGAAUAUCAAUUUGCCAUGGGUUGUAGCCUGCUGUAGCCCCGUGAUGGCUGUGGACAUUGAGUGCAGGUACAGCUGCAUGGCCCCCUCCUUGCGCAGAGAGCGGUUUGCCUUCCAGAUCUCCCAGAAGUCAAGCAAACCCCUGAGGCCUUGUAUUCAGCUGAGCGGCAAGAAUGAAGCCAGUGGGACGGUGGCCCCGACCGUCCAGGAGAAGAAGGUGAAGAAGCGGGUGUCCUUUGCAGACAACCAAGGGCUGGCCCUGACAAUGGUCAAAGUGUUCUCCGAGUUUGAUGACCCGUUAGAUAUUCCACUGAACAUCACCGAGCUCCUGGACAGCAUUGUGAGUCUGACAACAGCGGAGAGCGAGAGCUUUGUGCUGGAUUUCUCGCAGCCCUCUGUAGACUACCUAGACUUCAGAAAUCGGCUUCGGACCGACCACGUCUGCCUGGAGAACUGCGUCUUGAAGGACAGAGCCAUUGCAGGCACGGUGAAGGUGCAGAACCUCGCAUUUGAGAAGAUGGUGAAAGUCAGAAUGACAUUCGACACCUGGAAAAGCUUCACAGACUUUCCCUGUUGGUACGUGAAGGACACGUACGCAGGUUCAGACAAGGACACGUUCUCCUUUGAAAUCAGCUUGCCUGAAAAAAUUCAGUCUUAUGAGAGGAUGGAGUUUGCCGUGUGCUAUGAGUGCAAUGGACAGACGUACUGGGACAGCAAUAAAGGCAAAAACUAUAGGAUCAUCCGGGCAGAGUUGAAAUCCGCCCAGGGAACAGCCCAGCCACCAAAUGGACCAGAUUUUGGAAUAGCUUUUGACCAGUUUGGAAGCCCUCGGUGUUCCUAUGGUCUGUUUCCGGAGUGGCCUAGUUAUUUAGGAUACGAGAAGCUUGGGCCCUACUAUUAGUGACGGCCUGGGAUGGAGCCGGGCUGAGUGGGUGCAGAGGAGCCGAGCUGCAUCACCCCAGGAUGGAGAUGGAAGCCCAGAGAAAAGCUGAACUGCCAUCAGGCACAGUUUUCGAAAAGAAAGGAUCCUAGUCACUUUUUUUCUUCAAGCAGGCAAGCCAGCCAGGCUUAGAUCACAGAACUGGGUUCACACUCAGAGGAGAUGGGUGUGCGGUCUGUUUGGCACCCGCGUGGUGGCAAUGAGGGUCCGAGCAGGAUGGUGCUGGAAACGGUCUGGACAGGACCCAGGCCUGCAGGGAGCACUGGCCAGGCCGGAGGAUGGUGGCUCAGUGACGAGGAGCCCCUCUCCCCUCGGGUGUGGGAAGUCAGUCCCCCCGGCCCCCUCUUCCUGUGGUCUUUCCCGCCCACCCAGGGCCUCCCCGCCUGUUGCAGCUGCCCCGUGUCUACGUGGGCUUCACACUUUAUCUCUGUGUGUUUGAUUUUCUUCCACAGUUCAUCUGCAGUUCAGGAAAAGAUAAUAAAGGCAGAUCAGCUCAUGACAGAGACAGGCAUUUCCUUUUUCUGACCCCACUUAGAUAUCCCAGCAGAGGACGACACACCAGCUAUGAAAAGUCAACCGGCUGCUGUGCGCUGUCACCAGCCAUGGCAGGCUGGUGCCAGGCAGGACAGUCAGGAGGGGGACACUUUUAGCUCCACCUCUUGGCGCUGGGGGGAACUUUCUAAGCACUCUUACCCUGAGUCACCCGAGGGCUCAAUUACAAGACUUGCUGUAACUUGCCAAGCUGGUUUGCCUGUGUCUCUUUCUUCACGAAAGGAUUUUAGGAUCUCUUUUCCUGGAGAGUCAUCUUUUAUGCUGUGCUCAGGACGUUUGGAUUUGCAGAUUAAGUGUAUCCUCGGCACCUUCAGGAAGUGCUUGGUUGUAUCUUGACUGUGAUUUACAACCUCCACGUUGUAAACAGCACCUUACAAGCCCCCACGGACUUUGACUUGGUUGUUCUUACCUAUGGUGUGUGGGUACGUAAAGGGAUAGGGGUGAAGAACCUCACCGAGUUCUCAGAUGUCGUUUUCGCUGUUUGCCAACUCUGAAAUAUCAGAUAUUAUUUGUUCUUAACCACAUUGGACUAAAGCAUUAAAAGUCUGUUGGUUCAUACUGUUGUGAGACUCCUGGGACUUUCCUUGUCAGAUGGACCCCCAAACCCUGUGAUUUUUCUUGGGCAAAAUUGGUUGGUCCUUGGGGGUGUUUAAAAAUAUUUUUACAUGUGUAUUUGUAGAAGGUUGGGGUCUUUUACUGUUCUGUUUUUGUUUUUGGAGCUUAGCUAAAUGACUGCCUCAUUUUUCUUUUGCCUGACCUUACUAAAGUGAGGUCUUCCUCAGGGAGGAAGGAAGAGGGAUGCCCCACUGCCUGGAUUUGGGGGCACAGCUCCUGGACUCUGCAAGCAAAGAGUCUUCUUUCACUUGCAUUAUCCAGAUCAGUUGGAAGAGACCUCCCAGCUUCUGUGGCUUUGUAAAUUAGCAUCAAGCAGGUCUGGAGUGUCUUGGCUCCUAGAGUUUUGUGGUUGGG